GUACUGGCUUCAUCCCCUUGCCCCCGGUUAAGAACUCUGACCACCUACAUAGCUCAACGUCUGCUUAACUCCUCAUUUUUCAAUAUGUCGUCAAGAGGCCUUAUCGCCCGCGGAGUUCCUACCCUGCCAAAAUUAUUCAACUACAUUGUAAUAACAAUCAUACUGCUGUCUGUCAUUAUACUAGGCUUGGCUGCCCAUGCUAGAGCUCUCUCGGGCAACUAUUACUACGAAUCAGGCGUCCCGGGCUUCCUUAUUUUCGCUUCAAUCUGGACUUGGCUGGUUUACGGCGCUGUGCUCGCUGUAGCACAGUAUGCGCCCCAAUUCUACUACCGCAUUGGUGUCUUGGUUGGUCAGCUUUUGUCUCUUCUGUUCUGGAUAGCAGGCUGGACGUGGGCUGCUUCCUGGGCCGCUUAUACACUGUCCUUUGAUAAUUAUCGUUCUUACGAACCGAUCCGCGGGCACUGGAAGACUUUUGGUCAAACAACAGCGGCCUGUGCGGGAAUUGGUGCCUUGAUAUGGGUCUUAUGCGUCGCGGCUCUUAUCAUCUUCUGCACUGCUUGUAUACGCAGCCCAUCCACGUCGAAUAAUAACGUAGAGCUUGCGGAUGUCUCGAAACAAAACGCGCCCCAUAACCAGACGACAACAGCUCAACCUGCAUAGAGUAAUACGUCUCUAGGGAUCAAACACAGUCGCCUCAUAGUGGCUAAUAUGGGUUCCCUGAUUGCGAGAUAAUCGGCUGUUUCUUGUUACGCUUAAGCCCUUGCC